GUGGGGUCAACAUGGCGGCGCCCUUCAGGUGCAUUUAUCGGCCACUAUGGAGAAUAAUAACAGUAUCACGAAGGUUAACUGUAGGAAUGAGAAAUAUUUCUUUUACGGCGAAUCACUUUAGCGCGACAAAUCACAAAACUGCGAGUGUAGUCUCUCCGUGGACGCUACAUGGUGCAGUUUGCCUACAGAGGCUGCCGGUGAUCUCUCAGGACAGAAACCCCAUAGAAGAGGAGUUCAGUGGGCUGAUGCAGCAGAUGGAGUUAGAGAGAAGUCUGCUGUCAGACCAUGAGUUAAGGCUCCUGGAGGACGCUGCACGUAUGAGUCGGAAACAGGAGGAAGACUAUGAUUCAGAUGAAGAGGAGGAUUAUGGAGACAAAGAAAUUGUUACAGCACAAGAUCUGGAGGAUGCAUGGGAACAGAAACUCAAACAGUUUCAUCCUGCUCAGAGGUCUAAUGGGGACAAGCUGGACGUGAGUUCAUCAGAGCGUUGUUUAGCAGACAGUCUGGUCUUACUGAUCAAACAAGAUGUUGGAAGUCAAAAGGUAUGGCUCCUGCCUCAGAUACAAUGGACGGCUGGGGAAACACUUCGACAGACAGCCGAACGGGCCCUCACUAAUCUACCAGGUGCAGAUCUGAAGGCUACUUUCCUUGGCAAUGCACCUUGUGGAUUUUACAAAUACAAAUACCCAAAAGACAUUCAGAAAGAAGGCAGCGUUGGAGCCAAAGUGUUUUUCUUCAAAGCUGUGAUGUUCAGCCCCAACCACUUACCCCUGAAGAAGAAUUCAUUUGCCUGGGUUAAAAAGGAUGAACUUAAGGACUUUCUGACACCAGAGUACCUGAAACAAGUUUAUCGCUUUAUUAUGAGUCUGUAAUAUAAGAAUAUGUAAAAAAUUGUCUUGAAUAAAAUAAAAAUGUCUUUUGGACCACGGGUUCCAUCAUAGAACACAUGGUAUGUUAUGAGUAACAUUACUCUUCAUUAAUCUUGAUAUUAUAAAUGAAAACAAAUUACAAAUUAAAAGUGCCAGUUUUUUCACUUGAAUGUGAAGUGUGAUUUUAUAUAAAUGUUCUUAUUUUUCCACAAAAUUAAUAUUACUUCAUAUGUUUACCCUCCUUUCAUUAAAAACCUGUUUAUAACGUUUCUUCUGUGGAACACAAAGGUUAAAAUAAUUUUGAGAAUUGUCUCCGUUUUCUCCAAAUUGUCUCAAUACAGUGGAAGUCAUUUGGGUCCAAUGUCAUUUGGUCACCUACAUUCUUUAAAGUAUCUUAUUUUGUGUUUUGCAGAAUGAUGAAAGUCUAACAUAUUUGAAAUUACCCAAGUGUGAAUAAAUGAUGAUGAAAGGCUA